UUUUUUUUUAUAUAUAUAUAUAUUUUAUUACCAUGACUGAAGUUGUUGCCAAUCCCCCUGCUACUGAACAAGUACCUGAAAACACUGAAUACCAAGAUCGCUUCUUGGAAGGUUCUCAACGUAUUGUGCCUUAUGACUUAUUAGAAGCUCGCGGUAAUGCUGACAAGUCAACUGACCCUGACGCAAAGAACUACAGAGACGCCAAAGAACUCUUCCGUAAAGGUUAUGAACUCUGUAUGACUGUUCCUCGCUCUCUUGAAGAUGAUGUGUUGGAGAAGCAUGAGGAAGAUAUCAAGACAGCCUCUGAAACCAUGGUGCAGGCCUGGUUGAUGGACGACAGAGCUGCCCCUAUGUCUGAACGUAUCCUUAUUUUGGGUCAACAAUACGAAAAAGUCUUAUUGAAGAACAUUCCUGAAGAACAAAAAGAAGGUUUCUUUGUCAAGGACAGUCUCUUGUUCUCUGCUUGGAUUUUGUUGGUGGGUAAACAAUUUAAGCACUGUAUUACUACAUUAACAUUGGCUAUUGAUACAUACCCUGAUCUCCCUGCACGCGUCUUUUUCCUUCGUGCAUCUUGUUAUCUCUCUAUGAAUAAGCUUAGACUUGGUAUCAAGGAUUUAGAAAAGGCUUUAGAAAGAGACCCCAAGUUCGCUGUAGCUUAUUUUGUGCUUGGUUCUGUUUACUUGAGCAUGGAAAACGAACGUGAAAAUGCCAUCAAGAACUACAAACUCUAUCUUCAAAACGGCCAUGCUGAAUCCAAUGAAACUGUACAUGCUCUCUAUGCUCUUUCUGUGCUUGUCAACUUCAAAAAGAGAAAGCCUGAAGCCCGUGAAUAUUACCAAAAGGCCAAGAAGGCUGAAGAAAACUUUAAGGAACUGUAUGGUGCCAACACAGGUUUAAGUGAGACAAAACGUAAUGCCAUUUUGGCCCAUGAAUCACCAGAAGAAGCUGAACGCUUAAUCAGUCUCUAUGCUCCCAAGAGACAAAUGGAUCAAAAAAUGCAACAAUUGAUUCAAUCGGGUAUUUUAAAUCAAUCUUUCCCUCCUAACCCUCAACGUUGUUCUCACUGUGCUGCUACUCAUCUCAAAGACAACGAUGCUCCUCUUUUGGCCUGUGGUGCUUGUAGAAGCAUUUGGUAUUGUUCUCGUGAAUGUCAAGUAGCUGACUAUAGAGCUUCUCACAAGUCUCAAUGCAAAGAAUUACAGGCUUUGAAAGCUGAAGAAAAAUAAUCUUUUUUUUUUUUUUCCUUCUCAAUAAAAAAAAA